GGAGGAAGAAGAAGAAGAGGAAGAAGAAGAAAAGGAGGUGGAAGCGGAAGAGGAAGAGGAAGAGGAAGAGGAAGAGGGAAAAGCAGACGAACCGUACGAAUUCCUGAUCCGCGCGAGAUAAAAAAAUCGGAACACAGGUGCAAAGGGCGCGAUACCUUUGCGGAGAGAGAGGGAUCGGCGAUAAAAUCGGUAAAGCGUAGCGAUGAAGUCAAAUAUCUGAUCGCUCGCUUUGCGGGGGAAACCGAUCGUAACCGAUCCGACUAAGAACGACCUUGAGCAAGAUGGUCAGGGGGGCGCUGUUACUACUCUUGCUAGUCCUCUUUGGUGCCUUCGACGUUCCUGGCAUCGACAGAGUUCGUAUCAAAUAUCUAGCGAAGGCUGGUAACACCUGUAACGCUUGUAGGAUGCACGAAGAGAUCAGAGCCCUCAGCCUCGAAGCUAUCAAGGAACAAAUUUUGAACAAGCUCGGCUUGAAACAAGCUCCGAACAUGACGGGCAGAGCUCUGCCAAGAAUUCCGCCGAUUUCGAAGUUGAUGGAUAUGUACGGAAUGCAGGCCGAUCAACCUCAACCUCUCGAGCCCGGUACUCCUCAUUACGAGGAGAUCGACGAAUAUGCUGCCAAAACAGAGAGCGUCUUCGCCCUGGCACAACCUCAUCAGAGGCUACGGCACUCGAAAGGCAGCUUCGACGUUCUCUAUUUCAAAUUCUCCGACAAGGUAAUCCAGCAUCGCGUGACGAGGGCGGAAUUAUCCCUGUGGAUAUGGGGAAGCAACCAAGAGUCCUCGGAACUGGACGAGCCUAGAGAUUUGGAAAGCACGGAAAGUCACGAAGAUGGUCCAGUGACGAUCACGUUGCAAAGGAUCCUUCGUGGCACGACGGAGACUGGUGGGCCAUCGUUGGGUCCACCUUUGACCACGAAACACCCUCGGCCGGUCGGUUGCAGAGGCAACUGGGUAACGAUCGAGUUAAGAAGAAUGGUCGCCGAAUGGUUCAAACAUCCACGGGAUAAUCUGGGAGUAGCGCUCAAGAUCUCCAGUCCCGGAGCUAAUCAUCGCAGAAACGCGAAGUUGGUGGAGACUAAUCCCGGAGCUGAAUACGCGCCGUACCUCGAAGUACAGACGCAAGAACUCGACUCGAGAAGAGGGGCGAGGAUCAAGAGAAACGUGGGACUUAAUUGCGACGAAGCUAGCCAGGAGACCAGAUGUUGUCGAUACAAGCUCACCGUCGACUUUGAGAAGUUUGGGUGGGAUUGGAUAAUCGCUCCCAAGAAGUACGAUGCCAAUUACUGCUCGGGCGACUGUCCGAUGGCCUUCCUGCCAGCAUAUCCGAACACCCACAUCGUCAGCCUGGCGGAACCGCCUAACAACUCUGGUCCAUGUUGCGCCCCGAGGAAACUCUCCGAGAUCACGAUGCUGUACUUCGAUAACGAGUAUCAAAUCGUGUUCUCGCGAUUACCAGGCAUGGUCGUCGAGAAAUGUGGAUGCUCAUAGCUCGAGAAUUAUAGCUCGAGAAGAGCAACGACGGCGAGGAAUAUGCGAAGGCUCGUUUAAUUCUUUUAGAGUCUAUUACUAUUAAAGAUUAUCGAUAAUUAUUCUGUUUCUUCCCACCAUUUCCAUUUCUCCUCUUUUCUUCUCUUCUUUUCCUUUCCUUUCGUCUUCCUAUUUUUAAGCUUCGCUACGUUACUCCUUUUGUCCGUUCCUCGUUCGUUUCCCAUUGAAAAUUCCUUCGAUUUCCAUCGAUAGUCGGUGACCGUUGUCAUCGUAGUCGUCGUCGUCGUUCCGUCUUCGACGAAUUCUCAUUCGAUAGACUGAAAGUGCCUUGUUCGGGGUGGUUUAAGUACCGCAGAUCCCUCCUUAUGGAACACGAGAAACGAGAUUGCUCGUAUAAACUUAACGAAUGCAAGCAGGACAGCGAUCGGAAGAGAUCGACCAAUGUCCGUCUUUUUUAAACUAGUAAUAACGGGCACCUUGAUAGUCGUUUAUGAUUCAUGACAAGGCGUAUAGUUCCUAGAGUCACGGUAUUAUUAUUAAGGUGUCGAUGCGUUUACACCUGAUCUAAGAGAACGACCGCGAAAGAAUUAUUUUUUAUACGGGAGCUUAUCGCAUUUUUAAUCUCUCCUCGGUAACUGGUUUUUAAUGGUCCGUCUUUAUCGAGCUAGGAACUUUUACGAGUCAAUGUAAAACGAAAACAAUCAUCUUAUCGCAAUGUUUCCUUGCGCAUCGUUGCCUUUCUAAAAAAAAAAAAAAAAGAAAAAAAAAGAAAGAAAAGAA